AUGCAUCUGUACUAUAACCACCCACAUCUCACGACUGGUGGGCCAAGUCAGCCACGUGUUGCUCACUACCUCACUGGCACUGGUAAUGAACCAUGCCUCCCAAUCCGUCCUCAAGAUGUGGCAGUUGGACAUUUACAGGCUCAACUCAAUAGUGGAGUCUUCGAUGGAACUCGUUCCUCAGUGCAAGCUGUUCCUCGGACCUGGCAAGAACUCAGUGCAAUGCAUCCAGUUCCACCACCUGUUACAGCUCCAACUAUCACCCAAAAAAUGUUCACCAUCAACUUCCACAUUCCAGUCAGAAAAGAAGGAGACCUGGAAAGGAUCGCAAAUCGAGAAUUCAAUGCCGAAAAUGUACCGGAAGAUUUCUUGACUACGACGGCAGAAAUUUUAGGAAUUAAGGAGGACAACGAGCAUGACUUGGCGUGGAAGGAUAGCGACGAGAAAGUGAAAGCUCCUUGGCAUGAUCUACAUUCAGUAGAUGAUGUUGAGCAGGCUUUCGGAAAGUGUCGCAAGAUGUUGAGCAGUACGAAACACCAGAAACCAGUCUAUCUGACUGUCAAAGAUAGAAAGGCAGACCACUUGCCCAUGAAGGAUGGGAAGAAGGGCAAGAAGGAUACACCGACAGCAGAGUCAGAGACAGGAUGUGAUAAGGAAUUCCGGGCUGCAAAAAUCAAGCUUUUCUGCCAUGCACACAGUAAGCCUGGUCUUCAUCCUGACGAUCCAGGUGCAGUCUAUUGCCAUAUCAAGAAGAACGGCCAGCACAGCUCUCUUCCUCUGUCUGUGGUAUCACUGUGGGCGAGAUUAGCUCAUGAUGGAAAGGCCCCAGAUUCGGAUUAUAUCAACCCCCCUGAGGGGACCGCUUUUGACGAUGUCAACAGCAGUGCACAAUCUAACUUGUAUUCCUCGACUCGCAGCCACCGUCAGAAUUCUGCUGUUCAUAUUCAUUUUGAUGAUGGGUUUAUGAAGGAGAUUCGAGGAGAUGGGCUGUCUUCAUCAAGGAAGAGGAAAUGCGUUCCGAGUGUAGGGUCAGAUGACGUGGCAGUCGAGGGAGAGAAGGAGAAUCUGCAGGCACAGCCAUCAGAGUCGCGAUCCAAAUUUGAAUCAAUGCACAUUGACCAGAUUCUCGACGUUGUUGAUCGCAAAUAUCUGGACCUAAACUAUCAUCAGUAUCGUCAGAAGCUUGUGGAUGAGGGUAUUCUAUAUGGGAUCAGCAUCUACACCUUUGAGCGGGACUUUUUUGUACAAGAGAUUGGGAUGUUGAGGGGUGCAGUUGGACCUUUUUUGCACGAGUUGCAUUAUGAUAAAAAAUGGCUCUGCCGCGAGCCACUGGGAGCAGCACAAGGCAGAGGUAACUAA